AUGUUAAAGACCAGUUUAAAGGUAGCAGCAGCAGAGGAAAGGGUGCAGCGAAAAGAAGCUGGUGAUAUCAGGCCUCAAGGUAGUAUGUCUGAAACAGAGCACCCACAAGCUGAUAUCAGGCCACAAGGUAGUAGGUCUGGAAUGGGGCACCAAGAAGCUGAUAUUAGGCCUAGGUCUAGAGUAGAGCAUCUAGAAUUGAUCGAGCUCUUACAGCUCCCCAGAGCUGAACUGAUGACCUUCGAUGGAGACCCACUGCAAUACUGGGAGUUUUGGAGGUCGUUCCAGCUAAAUGUAGAUGACACGAGGAUCUCUGACUCUGCAAAACUAACAAGGCUUCUUCAUUACUGCCAAGGAAAUGUAAGAAAGAUUAUUCAAGCAUGUUCUGCGAUGAGUCCCGAUCAGGGAUAUGUCCGACCUAAGGCGCUUCUGCAAGAGCGAUUCGGAAACAGACACAAGGUUGCAGAUGCCUGGUCAAGAAAGGUAACUGAGGGAAAUCCCAUUCCUCCUCACAAUGGUCCAGCUCUGAGGAAGAUGGCGGAUGAGCUCUGGGUUUGCUACGAAACCUUGAAUGCAAUGGGGUACAAGAUGGAGCUAAGUUCUCAAAGAUCAUUAGCCGAUAUUGUUGAAAGGCUACCCAUCUACUUUCAAUCUCGAUGGAUCAGGAUAGCAAGAAGGAUCCAGAGAAAGGAGGACCGACUACCAAACCUUGCUGACCUUGUUUCCUAUGUUGAUGAGGUAGCUGACGAAGAGAAUGAUCCGGUAUAUGGCUCUCUUCAGCAGAAAGGAAGGAAACAGGGUAUCUCUGGAAGGAAGAAGCAGGUCCCUAACAACCGGAGCAAGGGUGUGUACAGCGUCAAGAGUAAAGACGUGUUGAAGUGCAGUUUGUGUGGCCUUGAACACAAACUGUUUGGAUGUCCCAAGUUUAAGGGAAUGUCACCCCAGCAGAUGUUUGACUUCGCCAAGAAAGAACGUACGGUUGUGUUUCAACUGUUUACUGAAGGAACAUAUGACGUCAGCGUGUAA